AUGGAGAUAUUUGACCAUUCACAUCAAGUAAAGACAUCACCUACAUCGACAUCAUUCUCUGGCGCUCUCAUUGUAGGAGGUGGUAAUGGUGGCAGUGGAAAUGGAAACAACAGCAAUGGUGGUACUAUCAAUAGCAAUAAUAAUAAUAGUAAAUAUAAAAAAGAUUCAUUGUCAUCACAGAGUUUGAAUGUGGCACAACCAGAGGAACAGAAACAAUUUAUAUCGACCAUCAACAAAAUUAUCGAGACUGACAAGAUCAAUAAUAACACACCUGCAGACGACGAUGUAAUCAUCGACAAGAAACAACUACAGAAACAACAGAAACAACAACUAAAAGAACAACGUGAACGUGAAAAAGAAUUACAAAGAGAAAGAGAAAGAGAAAAAGAUAAAGAUAAUAAUAUAAAUACAUUAGAUGAUAACAACAAUAAUAAUAAUAAUAAUAGUUAUAAUAAAUCAAUAGAUAAUAAUAACAAUAAUAAUAAUACAAGUAAUUUAGAAUCAAAUAAUGAAUCAAGUUCAACAACAACUACAACAUCGUCAUCAUCAUCAUCUUCUUCUCAUACACAUCCACAUUUACAUCAAUUCAAUGAAAGUAUCAAUCAUUUGGUAGAUACUAUUCAUGAUAAGGGUGAUAUGGUUGUGAGUGAACUGAAGAAAAAGAUUAGAAAGCAAAUGUCGUUGGCAAGAGGCAGAAGGAAACGUAAGAAUAAAGAACCGGCAGAACAACAGGAUCCUCUGAAAGAGUCAUUCUCUAUCGAUAUCGGUAUGAUGUGGCUACUUCAAUCGAUUAAACGUCCUGCCAUUCAAGAGCAUGUCUGUGAGCGAAUCACAAAACUACCUCAUACCGAUUUUCAAUUGUUUUUACCUCAAAUUGUUCAUGUAUGUGUUGAGCACAAACAAGAACCAAUCAUUGUAAUGUUACUUGAAAAAUGUAAAUCAUCUUUGGUCAUUGCCGUUCAAACCUUUUUCCUCUUAAACUCUUUUGCUAGCGACCAACAUCCAGAAACAAUCGAUAGUGCUAAAUUACUUUGGAAGAGAUGUGAAUUGGCAUCUAUAGGUAUGAUUGAUGCCGCUUUGAAGUUAUCACCAAAGUAUAAACAACCGUUGUUGGAAGAGAGUCUAUCUGAUAAGACAGUGUUGAUUAUCGACGAAGGAUACUUUGAAUCGAAUUCGGUGGAAGCAGCCAACGGACAGGAUAAACAUGUUGUCAAUAACUUUGGUAGUCUAUCUAGUUCGAUGGCCGACCAGAUUAAGAAUAUGGAAGAAGCAGAAGCAGCGCGUAACAACUUGAAACAAAGUAGUGGUAGUGGUAUUAGUAGUAGUGGUAGUCACAGUAGUAGUAGUAAUCGAGGAAGUAAAGUAGUUUCAGAGGUAGAUUGGAUUGGCGAUCACGAUUCAGAGUCACCGAUUGAGACUGACGGUGUAUCGGAAGCAGACAAUCACAGUAGUAUCAACGAGGACAAUUACAAUUCGACCAGCAACAGCAAUACAUCACUUCAACAUAGCCAUCAUCUAGGAUCCGAUAACUAUCAACAACAACAACAACAAGAAUGUAAACAGACAUUCUCAAAGAUAAAAUCCGUUCUACUCGGAGAUUCACUUUAUCAAUAUACUCUCAAAGAUUGGCAACUUCCUGUUGACCAUCCCGAUGUUGAAUGGCGAUCGCGCCAAACAACGGGAACUACGCAAUGCAACGCUGCGUGUCAUUCUGAAGCAGUUGAACGACCAGGUAUUCGAGCGAUCCAGCAUCAUCCUCCCCGUGUACCCGACAUUCCAAGUGAUGGGAAUCGUCCACGAGGAAGCGGUUUGUUUGAACUCCAGGGAGCGUGUUCCCUAUAUGCUCUACCUGGAGGUAAAGAUGAAUAG